CCCACAACUCUAUAUACACAAAAUGGCCGACCAACUUUCUGAAGAGCAAAUUUCUGAAUUCAAAGAGGCUUUCUCCUUAUUCGACAAGGAUGGCGAUGGUACGAUAACAACCAGGGAGCUUGGAACUGUCAUGCGGUCGCUGGGCCAAAAUCCCACGGAAGCUGAGCUUCAAGAUAUGAUCAACGAAGUGGACGCCGAUGGCAAUGGCACGAUCGAUUUCCCCGAGUUUCUUACCAUGAUGGCUCGCAAGAUGCGAGACACUGACAGCGAGGAAGAGAUAAAGGAGGCGUUCAAGGUGUUCGAUAAGGACGGGAAUGGCUACAUUUCUGCUGCUGAAUUGAGACACGUCAUGACCAAUCUCGGAGAAAAGCUGUCUGAUACGGAGGUCGACGAAAUGAUUCGGGAAGCUGAUGUCGAUGGUGACGGUCAAAUCAAUUAUGAAGAGUUCGUCAAGAUGAUGCUGUCGAAGUAAGCUAGAAUGCAUCCUUCACCCGUUCCGAUGGUCUAAGCUUGGACUGUCGUUGAAAGAUAAUGUAAUCAGUACUAUAACAUGUUCGCUUCGCCAUCAUACUUGUGCCGUGUUGGAUCAGACCGCCGAUGUGCAAAGUCAUUGUCCCGCAAGUCAAGUCCUUAUCGUGAUGGCCAUUGAGCGAUCCCGAUCCAUUGCCGGGCCCGGCUGAAUGAAGUUGACUGUCAAUGGAACUGCU